ACCGCAGCUGGGGCAGCAGCAGCGACAGGAGAGCAAAGGAUCAGCUUCAGACCAGCGCACAACGUGGCGGAGGCCCGCCGAUUUCCUCUCACGCCAGCUCCUUCUCCCUCGGAGCAGGAAAAUAAUAAGCAGUGGGUGUCCUUGCAAAAAAAUAUGAUGACGGCCUCCAGCGUUACUGCUCGAGCAUGCACGACAGGAGCUCCGUCGCUAGCUCUCCUGCUGUUACUGCUGCUCGGGAGCGAGCGCUACACCCCCUCGUGCCUAGGCUUCUCUCUUUCCGUCGCACCAACAUCGGCGGUACGAUCGCCAGCAGCACGACCGGCAACAGCACCCGUUGGACGCCGUGGCAAAAGCAGCAGCAGCUGCCGCGUGGACGUGUCCUGUGUACCUGGCCGGACAUGUUCGGCGCUUGCAGCGUUCGGCGGAGGGGAAGGGGAAGGGAGUUCCGCGGGGCCUAGUGCAGGAGGAUCGGGAGACAUUUUUGACGCCCUGAUGGCUGGGGAUAUGGACUUCAUCACUAAGUAUGUGGAGGCUGGGGGCGACUGCUCUGUUCAGGACUCCAUAGGGGACACGCCGCUGAUGCUGGCGGUGGAAAGCGAGCUGACGCCUGCCGUGAGGAUGCUCAUCAAGGAAGGAGGGGCGAACGCCAACCUUGCCUCCAAGACUACGGGAGAGACACCUCUCAUGCUGGCGGCAUACUACGGGCACACAAACCUUGCGAGAGUACUCGUCACGGAAGGCGACGCGGAGCUAGAGCUGCGCAAUAACAAGGGGGACACGGCGCUGAGCCUGGCAUGCUUCUGGGGAAACGAGGAUGCGGUCGAGUAUCUUCUCAAUGCCGGAGCGGACCCGAACAGCCGUAACGACGCGGGUGAGCGGCCCGGAGACAGCUUCGACUCUGUUUUCGUGCCCCAAGUUGUCGAGAACUUCUUUACCGCGGACGAAGACAACGAACGCGCAAGUGCCGCCGGCCAGGAGGACAUCAUGUUCGACGACGAUGACGAAGAGGACAUCAUGUUUGAGGAAUUGGAUGAAAAGGACGCCAAUCUCCAAGAGGGAGAUGAAAAAGACGUGACGGUUGAAGAUGGAGAGGAGAAGGAACCCGCGGGGAAGGAGGACGCAUCGUUGGCAGGGGAGGAGGGUGGAGAUGGCGAGCCAGAGGAAGAGGUUCUAGGCCCAAGGGAAAACAUCCUCCAGAUGCUGGAAGAAGCGCGGGCAGAAGCGACCCUCGAGGCCAAGUAA